AUGAUAGAAGGAAAAUUGAACUCGCGCCCUCCGUCAGAUGGCAGUAAAAAACCCAGCUCGAAGUACAAAGCAGGAAAGGGUCGUCAGAGCAGGAAGGAAAGCGAAGGGAAAAAUCUGGAGCAAAAGGAGGACAUGCAAAGUGCUAUCGAUUAUAAGAAUAACUUGAACACGGAAUGCGUUGGCACGUUGAACUCCAAAUUUAUUGAUGACAGAGAUGGAGACAAUAAUCAAACGGAUGCUUUUUCCUAUAAAAAGGAAAGCAUGAUGAGGGCAUCUCAGUCAACUCAUUUCGGGAUGCAGGAUGAUUUCAUCUUAGAGGACAUAGACGACUCCUUCGAGGAACGAGAAAAUAGCAUCAACAUAGUGGAGGUGAAGAGUUCCAGCGCGAAAAGAAAAAUGCUGAAAACUUUAUACAUCCGAUUGAUAUACGCCUUGUUGUACACAAUAUUUGGCAUACUCAUCCAGUGUUACUUUAUCAUACUAAGUGACACGUACUACAAGACGGGAGACGAACCGUUGAAGGAUAGAGUCCACGAACUGUACAAAGAAGUACCAUCAUUUAUGAAAGCAGCAUUUAUAAAUUCAAAUAUCAUGUUUUUUCUGAUAAUUACUCUAUUGAGAUUUGGCCUAUUUUCUCCCAUUUUGAUUUCGAUUAGUAUGUUUAUAAGACUACUAUUAAUGCUCUCCUCCAUCUACUGCGUAAGGUCAAUCUUUAUUUAUGUCACGACAAUCCCAUGUCCAAUACCUACCUGCCAGCCUGUCAGAAAUAAAAAUUUACUAGAAAAUUUAUAUACUACUUAUCUGAUAAUAACUGCGCAAGUGUAUGAAUGUACAGAUUUGAUAAUUUCUGGGCAUACUGCUUUUACCACGGUUUUAAAAUUUUUUUGGAUGUUUUAUGAAAAGAAGAUUUACAUAAAGGCGGUGCUUUUCCUUUACUGCCUAUUUAUUUAUGGCAUGAUUGUGAUUUCCAGAUUUCACUACACGGUGGACGUGCUCAUGGGCUAUGUCUUUGGCUCCACAGUUUUUCUCUUCUAUCAUUGCCUGUUGGAAAUUGCCGCCAAGCGAUACGCCAAACAUGGGUCCUUCUCCAUUAAGAAUUCAAAUUACGCAGCAUCCUUUGUCGAGCGCUGCGCAGUGUUCACCUACUUCAUUCAGAUAAUAGGGUUCAUGGAAGGAUUGGAGCACAGGCUGAACAUGGCCGCUUCGUAUGACAAGGAAUGGAACUGCUUCUGUCCGUGCAAGCCAGUGAAUGCAAAAGGCCUCAUAAUAAAAAAGAGGACCAUGAACAACGAAGAGUAUUGCGAUUUUAGCGACCACUUUUACCAUUCCUAUGCCGGCAGCGGGUCCUUUGAUCUAUCCACCCUUAAGAACAUUGCAAACGGAAUCAAGCGCCUGUGUGGUAUCAAGAAGAAGAAUUAA